AUGAAGGAUGGUGAAGGACGUGUCUCUGCCCGAGAUACCAGUGCUUUGACGUGGGACUACACGAAAAAGUCACUGCUGUGGCUAAAUGUCCGUCUGCUGUGGGCGUUUGGUGUGUGGCCGUUAUCAAACUCCCGGAUCCAUUACGUCACCAAGAGCAUACUGUCCCUACUGGCGGUGGGUAAUGCCAUCGAGAACACUCUCGGUGUCUGGGCGAACCUGGGAGACAUGGAGGAAGUAACGUACUCGCUGAUGAAUGCCUUCACCAUAGCGGCCGGGGUCGCAAAAACUUGCCACUUUUUCCUCUUCCAAGGCAGGUACUGCUUGCUUGUGCGCCGCGUCGACGUCAUAGUGUCGAGUCAACGCGGCUAUUGCGAGAGUGACCCCGAAAUGCUGGCCGUGACGAGGCGGUGUCGCAAGAUGGCGCUUCGCAUGACGGUGGCUGCCUUCACGUACCUGACGGCGCUGUGCCUCAUCUGGGCGUUGUCGCCGGUGGUGGUCCACCCCGGGGAGCGCUGGCUGCCGUUCAACCACUUCCCCUUGGAGCCGGCACCGCUUCCACUGUACUACGAGCUGUCGUACGCAGUUCAGAGCGCCUCUUCGCUACUGUACAUCCAAGUCAGUUUCGCCGUGGACUUUUUCUUCACGGUCGUGAUGAUCAUCAUCACGGAGCAACUUAUGAUCUUGAACGCACGCCUCGCCCAGCUGCAUUUAUAUUCCGGUGGGGGGCGAUUAAUAAUAACUGCUACGAGGGUUUUGAGGAAGGCGACAACGGAGGACCGAGACGAUAUGUACGACGAACUGUGCCUCUGCAUUGACACACAUCAGGAAAUUAUGAGGCUGAUAACUUUCCUGGAUAGCGUGAUGAACCCAAUUGUUCUGACGCAAUUCAUGCUGAGUGUCAUGGCUGCGUGUCUCACUCUGUACCAACAGACGUAUAGUCCUGACGGGAAUUCAGUGAUGAAGAGCGCCUCCUACCUGCCGACUCCUGGCAUUGAGGUGUUCGUAUACUGCUGGGGAGCUCACAGCAUCCGCGAACAGGGAGAAGCUGUGUCGGAGGCGGCAUAUAGCUGCUCCUGGUUCGAUGGCAGCCCCCGUUUCAAGCGUGCCCUCCGGAUGGUCAUGUGCCGAGCACACAAGCCGCUGGUCGUCACGGCGGGGAGGCUCUACCCAAUCAACAGGGCCACCUUCCUCUCGGUAUUGCAACGAGCUGCUGUAUUUUAA